CCACCCAGAGUCAGCAACGGAAAUUGUGACAUUCCUCAGUUUCUGGCAGAGAAAUCGAUGGCAGGUAUGUUCAGGGGUCGGAGAGCAGCGGGGCUUUAUUAGACCGUUUGUUACCGUCGGUGGAGGGUUUGGGUCGCGGCGCGUCACCGCCUCGUCCCACAGGAGACCAGGGGCACUGCCCCCCCCCCCCGGCUCUGGACCGGACCGGCCCGGGGCGAGGACAGCAUGUGGACGCUGGCCCUUCAGUUGGUGUCCAUCGGUUUACGCCUGCAGGUGACCGCAUGCGGCCCGUCGUGCACUCUAUAUGGCCUGCAAGCCGCCUGCUCCUCACAGGGCCACUACUGGCUUCCCGCUCUGCCCCCCGGCAUCACCCACCUGUACCUGGACAUGAACCGCAUCGGCGAGAUCAACAGCACCGCGCUCAGGCAGUAUGAGCAGCUGCAGGCAUUGGACCUCGGCAUGCAGCACGCGCAGCUCGUCAUCAGGAACAACGCUUUCCUCAGACAGGGGAAGCUGAUCAGGUUGGUCCUCGGCCACAAUCGCGGCCUUCGGCUGGAGUCGAGGGCCUUCGCGGGGCUGUUCGGCUUGAAGGAGCUGUUUUUGGAUUACUGCGACCUGGACGACUCCAUACUGGCGGGCAGCUACCUGCAGCCCCUCCUGUCCUUAGAGAUGCUCGAUCUCUUUGCGAACAGAAUAGAGAGACCGCAGCCCGGACAGUUCUUCUCAAGACUCACAAAGUUCACCCAGUUGAACCUCAAGUUGAAUAAGAUCACACGCUUGUGCGAAGGGGAUCUUGUUGGUUUCAGGGGGAAGCACUUCGCAGUCCUGAACUUGAAGUCCACCGGCUUAGGCAGCAUGUAUGGUGCAGACUUUGAAGGGGAGAGUUGCGGGAACCCCUUCAGGGGGAUGGCAUUUGACAUCCUUGACGUAUCAGGCAAUGGGUUCGGCACUAACAACACAAGACGAUUUUUAAAAGCAAUACGGGGGACUCUGAUCACUCAGCUUAUAUUUUCUCACAGUAACAUGGGUAGGGGCUUCUCACACGACAACUUCCCCGAUCCGGAUGAAUGCACGUUCGAAGGCCUCGUGGACAGCGCGGUCGACGCCUUCGAUCUGUCGAAAGGCUUCAUCUUUGCCCUGCAGACGGCCGUUUUCAGUCCUCUGAAGGUUGCAAGAAUCAUCGACGUUUCCAAAAACAAAAUCAACGAGAUCAACAGAAACGCCUUCGACGGCCUUCAGGGACACUUGCGGAUGCUCAACCUGUCAAACAACCUGCUCGGAGAAGUAUUCUCUCACACGUUCGGCAAUCUGACGGACCUUAGGGUGCUGGACUUGUCCUUCAACCACAUUGGCGCGUUGGGGUACCACGCCUUCAGUGGUCUUCCUAAAUUGCGAGCGUUGUACCUGACAGGGAACUCACUGCGAGACCUGGGUUCUCCUGCAUCGUUACCAAACUUAGAUUGGCUCCUUUUGGGCGACAACAAGUUGACAUCCCUGUACAGUAUCACUGACCUGGGUACGAGCAGCAUCCACUUGGAUUUAAGGAGCAACCGGUUAACUAACUUGGAGGAUUUUUAUUUCGUAGCAACUAAUUUCAAGCGUCUCCAGAAUUUCUUCUACAAUGGCAACUUCAUCAAGUGGUGCACAUUAAACAGGAAUAUUACAGUACCUUAUAAUAAUACUUUGGAAGUGCUAGAUCUUAGUGACAGUUUCCUGCAAACAAUUUGGGCGCAGGGGAAAUGCCUUCACCUGUUCGAUCAACUGAACAAUCUUCUCGGCCUCAGUAUAAGCUCCAACUCGCUCACGACGCUCCCGCAAGGGAUUUUCCGAGGUCUCAGCUCGAUCAUAGAGAUCGACCUCUCGUCGAACUCCUUGACCUUCCUGCAGCCACAUGUCCUUCCGGUCAGCCUGAAACGACUUGACCUCUCAAACAACUUCCUAGCCUCCCCGGAUCCCACGGCGUUUCGGUCCCUCCUCUUCCUCAGCCUGGCGGAUAAUCGGUUCCACUGUGAUUGUAGUCUGGAGCGAUUCCUGCAGUGGCUGAAUGUGAAAAAUGUAACAUUCCUGAGCCCAGCGGAGGAUUUCACAUGUGAGUUUCCCGCUGCUCUAUAUAAACUUCCUCUUCAGAAUUACUCCAUGAUUGUGGAACCGUGUGAAAAGGACGACGAAGAGCUGGUCCGACAUCUGAAGUUUGCCCUCUUCAUCUUCUCUGCCCUGCUCAUCACCACUGUCACCCUGGGCGGGGUCGCUUACGGCCACCUCCGAGGGCACAUCUUCCUCAUCUACAAAAAGAUCGUACGCAGGGUUCUCGAGGGCCAAAAGGCGACGCCUCGCGUCGAGGAGGCGCAGUACGACGCCUUCCUCUGCUUCAGCAACAAUGACUACGCGUGGGUGGAGGCUGCUCUGCUGCAGAAACUGGACGACCAGUUUUCAGAGGAGAACAUGUUCCACUGUUGUUUCGAGGCCAGGGACUUCCUGCCAGGCGAGGAUCACCUCUCCAACAUCAGAGACGCCAUCUGGGGCAGCAGGAAGACCGUGUGCGUCAUCUCCAAGGAGUUCCUCAAAGAUGGCUGGUGCUUGGAGGCGUUCAUGCUAGCCCAGGGCCGGAUGCUGGAGGAGCUGACAAACGUCCUGGUCCUGCUGGUGGUGGGGAAGGUGGCCCACUACCAGCUGUUGAAGUUCAAUGCGAUCCGAAGGUUCGUUCAGAAGAGGGAAUACCUCGUCUGGCCAGAGGACCCUCAGGACCUGGAGCAGUUUUAUGAGCGGCUGAUCUCGCGGAUCCUCCAAAACACCAAGGUGGAAAAGGUGGCGGAGGACGACCCUAGGCCGGCGCCGCAGCCCGGCGGUCGGCCUCAGCGCAGGGACGACGUCGAGCUGGAGGACAUCAGAGCGAUGGCCAUGUGACCUCUGACCUUUGAAGAAACCCUCCCUGCAACCUGUGUCUCCGGCAAGGUACGACUCAGGCUCCAUGACCCAAUCACAUGUACAGUGCAAACACGUGAUUGGAAUUUACUCAAUAUAAUAUUACCUUUUUGUGCGAUCAAUGUAAAUAACAGUGUUUGUAACCAUUUACUUCUUGCGUUUAAAUAAAUAAAAAAAAAUCAAUGAUUAGUCUUUUCAAUUAAUGAACUAUGAUUGACUGUAAGAAUUGAUUUUCAAAAUGAUUAUGUUUUUCCUCACAUUUCUCUGUAGAUUGUUUUCAUUAUUUAACUGAAGGAGCCUUUAAAAUAAAAAUAAAGGUUGCUGCUUUUGGA